AUGCGGCGCAGGGGACACAUCUCUUUCGUAGGUGAAGAGACGCAAACUACUGUGGUUGGUUCGCUUAAUUCACUGUUGGGGGUGAAUCUAUCUGCCGUGGGACAAGUCGACGCCCUCGCCGCCAAGCGACUAGAAGACAUGACCAUGGAGGAGCAUCCUCAGCUAGGCCGCGCCGAAAAGGCCCUGCCGUUUUUGCUAAGAUUUGCAGUGGACUCGCACCUGGAUUGCUCUGGGGAAAGCAUCGCUGACUGGCUGGCGCCCGCAGAUGGAGACGUGCGGCUGAAGGAGCGGUUGUUGAGCCCUGGGUGGGCUUCGAGAGCCGUGGAAGAGAUGAAAAAGUGGUUGGCCGAUGGGGAUGAGGGGGUGAGUGUGGCGCCAAUAUCCAGCACUCUCGCCGAUCUUCCGCUGCUGCUGCUGCUGCAACCAAAUCUCUCUCGCUUCCUUCGCCGAUAG